CAGGGCCGGGUCUAGCCUUCUCGUUCGUCAUAUUCUAUGAAAUCCUCGCAUCCUUCGUCCUACAGCACGUCUGGAUCCUCGAGCGCGAGACGACGGAGGGCAUCAGUUCGCUGUUCGUAUUGCUGGGGGUAACAUAAUGGGGAGUCCUCGGGUGCUGUGGCAAAGGCAUCGGCGGGUUCAACUGCAUUGCGGCGUCGAUGGGUGUUGCGCAGGUUGCGCAGCAGUGGGUCUGUUCCGUUGUUUUGUAUUCUCAUGUUGUUUCAGGCUGUGCACAACCAGCGGGAGAGCGCACCAACGGGCUGGAAGGCAAAAGGUAUCGCCGUCUUGUCGGCUCUGCACUUUGUCGUGAUGGCGGUGACGACAUGGCGGCUUUCGGUCCGACACUCGUCGGCCACCACGACGAUGACGACAGACCCGACACUUCCCCCGCAGCCAGCGGAUACGCUCGUGUGGUGAGCCGAUGUUUUGGGUGUGCAAGGCAUCAUCCUGGUGUCGAUCCAAUAUAUCUGGCAGCUGUAUACCACGGUCACGUCGGCUUGUCCCGAGGGUUUCAGUAUUCCGAUGAUGUGUAUUCAGUCCCCCCUGAGUGUGGGUGGGCGGUCACCCUGGUUGCGAGGGUGGGUACCAGGUGGAGUAGUUGGAUAAUGUAUUUAGUUCCGGGUACGCUGCAGAGCUGGCUGUUGGUUCUGUGUGUGGUGAUGGAAGUUAUGGUAAGGAAGUUCCGUAUGGCGCUCGAUAGGCUAUUUGCGGCGCUAGGGAAUGAGGGGAAUGAGAGGAAUGAAAGGAAUGAAAGGAAUGAGAGGAGCUCAUUGUUGGCUAGGACGAGAUAACGAGAGGAUUUCCAUCAUGUCGAUUACUUUCAUACUUUAGGUAUUUAGUCUGACAGUUUCCUUCACAUAUGUAGGACUUCCUCGCUUCCUCCCGGGCUACAUCAUGG